AUGACAGGUGAAGGCACAUACCUUGUCAGCUCGACUAUCGAUGUCUAUUUCGGAAGCCAGCUAAUUGGAAACGCAAACGAUCGCCCUGUCAUUAAAGCUGCCAGUUCAUUUAUUGGCCUUGGUGUGCUUUCCACAAAUCGUUACGUUGAAAACGGGGGUGCCGGCCCGGAUGGCAAUGCAAAGGAGUGGUAUGUUACCACGAUCCGGAAUUUCAGAAUUGAUAUUACUGCCACCAGCAGAGAUGCAUAUGUUGCUGCGCUCCAUUAUCAGGUUGCUCAAGCCACAAGCCUUAUGAAUGUUGACUUUAUCGCUUCUACGGAUCCUGGCACCACCCAGCAGGCCAUUUUCACCGAGAAUGGAAGCGGUGGAGCCAUUAGCGAUUUAACGUUCACUGGUGGAAAUUUCGGAAUAUAUGGUGGGAAUCAACAAUUCACGGCCCAGAGACUCAAAUUUAACAAUUGCAAAACAGCCGUACAGAUAAUUUGGGAUUGGGGAUGGAUUUGGAAAAACAUUGAAGUCACUGAAUCCACUACGGGCUUUAAGCUUAUGUCUGAGGAUUCUGUCCCUCGAACUGGUUCUAUUCUGGUGUUAGACUCCAUCUUUAGAAAUACGGAAACAGCACUCCUCACGUUCCCCGCUUCUCAGGAGAAAGGAAAGGGGACAACAGGAAUAACCUUCGACAAUGUUGCUUUCGAAGCAGUUAAAUAUGCCGUCGUAGACAACCAAGGAAAAGUAUAUCUUUGCUGGGAGCGUUCAAAAAGUCGAUACAUGGGCUCUUGGACCGGGAUGAGCUUUUCCACAAAAAGAGAGCCGACAUUGGUUACCGAUGGGUCAACUUUCCUGCCAAAAGCUCCCUUUUUCGAGAGAGCGAAACCUCAAUAUGAGGCAAUUCCUGCGUCCAAUUCGAGUUGGAAACCGUGUGAUAGGGGUGAUGUGGAAAUUCAAGACCUCCUUUUCACAACGAAAGGCCCCACUGCGGGCGCCGUAUUAGUGGAAUGGAAUAUCAAGGCUACAUGUUCAGGGUGUGCGAGCAUGUGGGAUUCCCAUGUACGAAUUGGAGGGGCUACUGGUAGCGAACUUACUUCAACAGAGUGCCCAGCGAUCACGAGUGGUGUAAAUGGUGAUGGUUGCAAAUCAGGAAGUCUCAUGAUGCACAUUACCGAUAGCUCAUCGGCAUAUAUGGAAAACGUUUGGCUCUGGACUGCAGAUCAUGAUAUCGAUGAUCCUGACUGGCAAGAUAACAACAAUACCUUGGUUCAAACUUCGAUCUACACCGCGAGAGGACUGCUUGUUGAAAGUACAGAGGCAACAUGGCUUUAUGGGACGUCUUCUGAGCAUGCGCUCUAUUACCAGUACAAUUUCUACAAGGCUCAAAAUGUUUUCGCGGGCAUGAUACAAACUGAAUCUCCCUAUUAUCAGCCAACACCUAACCCGCCUGCUCCAUUUGAAUCUGCUGUUGGAAUCUUCAGUGGAGAUCCAGCGUACCAAAAUUGCCAUUGCGGUUCUCCGGGAAAUGAUGCUGCGUGGGCGCUCCGGAUCAUUGAGUCGUCUGAGAUCUAUAUCGCUGGAGCAGGGCUAUAUUCUUGGUUUUCUACCUAUACACAGGAAUGCAUCAAAACGCGCAGUUGCCAAAACUCUCUGAUACAGUUGGAAGGGAAUGGUGGUGAUGUUAGAAUUUUUAAUUUAAUCACCAUCGGCGCUACCAAUAUGAUUACUUCUGAUGGAAACCAGCUUACAUCACAAGAUAAUCUCGCGGUCGACUACCAUCCGUACUGGAGUCAGAUUACGAUUAUAGAUCCCAUCCAAAAAACAGGCCCUCAACGGCUCAUAAAGCAAGGGCUCCAUGCCAGAAAUGAAGAUAAAUGUCCACCCGUUCUCCCGGAAGCUAUCCUGCCUGAAGGGAAAUAUCCCACAAACCUUUCGAUAAUUGAUAUCGGAGGCCACUCGGACCAUGGAUAUUUCACGUUAGUCAACGGAUCUCCAUAUAACUGGAUACUCACAUCUAGUCACUCAUAUCAGAUGGAUCAAUGGAAGUGGCAUAAUGUCCCUGCCGGUGAAUCCGUUCAAUGCGAGUGGCAGUUUGCCCAGUCUUUCAAUAGAUAUGAUGACAAAGGAGAAGCAUACUACAAGAUCGAGGGAACGGACAAGACUUUCCAGAUAAUGGCCAGAUACCAAGAUGAUCCUAACAAUAAUUUUCAUCUUCGUGUUCUAUACGAUGGAUUAGAGACCAAGGAUGUACCGAAGGGCACUUCCCUUGAUUUCCCUUCCCGAGGCGGCUUGGGAGACAUGAGAGCUAUGAACUGGGUGUUGGCUGGAAGCGAGGAGCAGGGUUACUGGUCAAGCCACAAGCCACCAAUUGCAUGGAUGUCGUCAAUAUUGACCGUCAUUGGUGAGCGAAAAUUGAAGCACGUUUGCAUGCCGGGAAGUCACGAUGCUGGGAUGUCGAAGCUAAAUGGGCACACUGAAUUUUUCAAAUGA